GGCUAGAAUGCCGUUAUAGGGACGGCGAUGGCGACCGUUACCCCGGAUUUGAUAUGGAAGUACGUGGUGGUAUAUCUCUGCUGUGCUUCCUCGUACAGUCUUCUUAUCAAUUUGCUAUGUGAUCUUAGUGAGUGGUCCUGGGCUUGCCUUGCCCUCUGGGCCAAUUUCUUUCUAGGCCCCAUGUGUGACUUUCGUUGUGUCUCUCAUUUCAAUACUCGCAUCGAGCCCGAUCGUUCAUAAACCAUGACGCCUAAUGAUCGUGGCCCCGAGCUGGCCGUCAUCGUAGCGGUUUUCCUCGGGCUGUCGUCCAUAACGGUAGCUCUUCGCUGCUAUGUCCGGGCUCACAUUUUGAGGGCUUUCCAGGUUGAGGACUGGUUGGCCGUUGCUACAAUGCUUUGCUUCGUAUUCUAUUCCACCGUUGUCAUGCUUAGUAUCUCGCACGGGGCGGGCAAGCGUAUAAACGAUGUUCCUACCGAGAACAUCCCCAAAAUCCUCAAGAUGAGAUGGGCGGCAGAAAUAAUAUACGUCGUGACGUCGCUCUUCCUAAAGUUUACCGUCGGGAUCUUCCUCUUUCGCAUCUGCUCGCAGGUGUGGCAGAAAUCGGUGAUUUGCACCGUGCUGCUCUUGUAUCUCGUCUACCACGUCUUUUACGCCUUCAUGACCGCGUUCCAGUGCCAGCCGGUGGCGUAUUUCUGGUUUAGAUACACCGGCGGCAUGGAGGGUAAAUGCUGGAGCAACGAUUUGGUUAUGGGCUGUACGUACGCGGCUGCUAGUAUCAACGCUGUUACGGAUUGGGUCCUUGGGUUGCUACCCAUUGCGAUUGUGCGAAAUCUCGAGCUGUCGAAGAGGUCGAAGAUCUUGGUUUCUUGCACUUUAGCGCUCGGAUCGGUCGCCUCAACCGCAACCAUCGUCCGCAUCCCCUAUAUCUGGCAGCUAACCCAACCCGGCGACUUUAUACAUGACUUCUCCGACCUGUCCAUCUGGUCUACUAUAGAAAACGGACUCGGCCUCAUCGCAUCGUCGAUCGCUACUCUCCGCCCACUAGUCAGGGUGGUGCUCGGGGGCACGCGAGUAGGAACGGCGUCACGGGGACGCCGCUCUUUUUACUCGUGGAGGAGAUCGGGGCCGGGCGCGGCGCAGAACGGCAAUCAGCAGUACUAUAGGAUGGAGGACUACUACCGCGACAGCGCUUGCAAGGAACCGGAGCGGGUCAGAGUAAGUGAUAGGAAAGUGUCUGAUACCGGGUAGAUGUUAUGUACCUAAGGUAGAAAAUGAAUAGAUUUGAAUUAGCGUAUAGAGAUUG